AUGUAUCGUGUUGUAAAUCCUCUUUUAAAGUACAUCAUCCACAGAAGUUCUCUUGAUGCAACUUCAAGGAAACAGUGCCUGCAGUACUUAAAAGCCCUAAGAAACCUCCAGUUCAAUGGCUACACCACCAUCUAUUUAGGAGAAACUGAUCUUUCAGAAAGUCUAAUAACAGGUGAAAAAGUUCCUUAUGAAAAUACUCUCAAUUGGCCUAUAUGGACAGUGGUACAUGCUGGCCACAGCCAAGGAUGGGUGCCAUGGAAAUACAGAGUGUUUUUAAGGGAUGAUUUAUCUUCAGGGCAGCAGGAAGGUGUAUUUCAGGAACUCUGUGACUUUCUGGCUCUCACCUAUGGCAAGUGUGCCAUUGUAGUCAGAGAAAGAAGACAAUCAAGAGUGAAGACUGAAGAGUCCAGUGAGGAGGUGGAGAUAUGUGAACCUCGGUCUCCUUCUCUCCCUUGUUUACUAAGCAUCAAAUGCUGCCCUGAGAUUGCUAAGGCAACAGGUCAUGAACUUCUUUCUGUGUCUUUCCCCUACAACUACCUCCAUCCAAUGGAGGCUGCCUGGUCAUCUUUGAAAUGGUUUAUUAUCAAUAACAGAAAGGAAUUUUCUCUUACCUCCUUGGAGAGGACCUACUCAUAUCAAUGCAUCCUCUUCAGUGACUUGAUUGGAAAGGGCAUCGAGAAGAUGAGCCCAAUCAAGUGGAAGGUGGCUAUUAGCAAAGUACGGAGAUGGGAAAACUACUACUUGGAUAGGUUUUCCUAAACUUUCCUAACCAUCUUUAAUCAAAAGUUGGCUAUCUGUUGCACAAAAUCUGCAUGCCCAUUCA